AUGGACAACAUAUCAUCGAUAGUAAUGUUCACAUUUUCAGGGCUGGAUGAAUCUUGGACAAAUAGAUUAAUAAUAUUUGUUUUUACCCUCCUGGGAUUUAUUUUGAAUUGCAAUUUGACAAUUGUUAACGGGCUGUAUGGAUCCACUGGUGUCUACCCUGCAUUGUUGUAUACACUGACAGGAUCAAAUAGGAUCUCACUCAGUAACUGUGUUCUCCAGAUAUUUGUGAUCAUGACAUAUUCCUUAUGUGAAUUUACUCAUUUAACUGUGAUGGCUCUUGACAGGUACAUGGCAAUAUGUAGACCUCUGCAUUAUCAAACUGUCAUGACAAGAGUAACCGUCUGCAAGUUGCUCAUUUUCAUUUGGCUGUUUCCCUGUGGUACAACAGGAGUGUCCAUUUCAAUAAUGCUCAGGUAUCCUCUUUGUGGAUCACACAUAGACCGACUCUUUUGUCAAAACUGGGCAUUGAUAGAAAGACUUGCUUGCCAAGAGGACCUUGUUAAACAUAUUGUCAAUGGGUCUUUCUUUGUGUGGUUUAAUUUACUGGUAGCAUUUCUUAUUUUCUCAUAUGUCAAAAUUAUUGUUGCUUGUUGGCAUUCCCCAAAAAAUCAACACAAAUUUAUGUCUACUUGUUUGCCUCAUUUAAUAGCCCUUGUCAACUUUAUUAUUUUAACAAUAUUUGAUGCUAUGGACUCUCUGUUUGGAUCCAGGGAUGGUCCAAAGGUAUUAGGAAAACUCAUGUCGGUUGCUAUUAUUGUCAUCCCUCCAUUUAUCAACCCCAUUAUAUAUGGUGUCAAACUAACUCCUAUCAGGACCCAGAUAAAAAAAACAUUUUCAGCAGAUACAGAGACUCCUGCGCUAUGGGACAUGAUGAAGGAGGUCUGGACUUCCUGGACAUACGCCUCACCAAAUCAGAUGUGCACUGGGGUCAAUGCUCUGCCUGACCAGAAAGCAAAGACCACCAUCAACGCCAUCACAGGGGGUAUGUACAGCAGGUUUGGCGCUGCAGAGUCCAUUCACAGCGACCAAGGCAGAAACUUUGAGUCCUUUGUGUUUGCAACCAUAUGUGAACGGCUGGGUGUGCACAAGACCCGCACCACUCUGUUUACCAACAUGUGA